UCGGAAGGCGUAAAAUUAGACGAUGCGAAGAGGCACAUUUUCACUCUUGUUGUAAUUACACUUACCCGCUUUUGUCUCCGAAAUGAACAAUGAAAAUCAACUCAUUUCAUUCUUUGCCAUCUUUCAUCAUCUUGAUCAGCGCAUCCAUUCUAUCGGCAAGGAUGAGAAUGGAAUGACAGACAAAAGUUGAAAGGAUGGCGCGUGAAUCAGUUCAUAAGCCAAGACCGACGAGUGAAUUGGCAUCACCUCAACUGUUUGGUGGAAGAAGGAGUACAUUUGGUCAAGCUUCACUUUCUUCUUCAAGUUGUGAAACUGAUGAUUCCGAUCAAACAAUCCAACCAAAAAGAGUUCAACAGGAACAAAGAACAAGAUUAUCAAUUACUAGCGUCACUUCAACAAGCUAUGAAAGCCACACUGGACUUUCUUCGGAGAAUUUUGAUGGUUUAAUAGACUGUGAUUCGAGGCUGUAUAAGCAAGAUGCAAGACAUUCAAACGGGCAACGAUUGCAAGACGAUAUACUUCUUUUAUUGCUUGAAUCGCAUAAUCAUCAAGAUAUUAGCGUGAAUCAUGAUCCCAAAACGGAAAAAGGAGAAAAAGAUGAUUGGCAAAAGGCGGCAACAACAUCAACACAACAACAGUCAAGUCAAGGAUCAAACUCAAUCACACGCAGUAAUACAAUUGCAGUACUUCAAAAUCAACCUAUCGAAACUGCACCACCGAUCAAGAGAAGGUAUACACAGGUAAUUCAUACAAUCUUACAACCUUUAAAGAAUCAACUUUCAACUAGUGCAGAACCAAGACAAAUUGAGGUACAGACCGGUGACCAACAUUCAGAGCAAGUAUCACCAUCAUCAUCACCACAACAACUUCAAAUCGACAAGCAAGUACAAGAUCGCAUCGAUGAGCAAUCAAAAGAAUUAAUUCAGUUCACAUCCGACAACAUGCAACGAUUUCGUAAAUCGCACGAUAAGGGGAAAAAUAGGAAAAAUUCAUUCGAUGGCGCAGCAGGCUCGGAUGGACCUUCAUUCAAGGGUGGAAUCGCUUUUCCAUCCAAUAACUCUUCUUCUAGCUUGUUCGGUUUGAGUGGUUUGACGGGCAAGAAAGAUAAAGGAAAAGGGAGAGCUUUAUCCAACUUGGACACCGGCAGUUCCAUAUACGGUAUUCCAACAUCCGGAUCAACAUCCAGCUUGAAAUUGCCAAGACCAAGAAGUUGGGUGAACAGUUUGAUGUCCGUGGGAAAUAGUAAUAACAAUUUAUCAAGAUAUGCACUAGGUGCACAUUCUAAUCGAUCAGGAGGGAUAAGUUCACCACAUGUACGGGCCAAUUCGAUCGAUGUUUCACACGGUACACCGCCUGUUUCAUCACUCGUCCUUCAAAACGAAUUCGAUGAUGACGAUGCUCAAGAGAACCACAACACACUUUGGCCUCUAGAUGAAGGGGACAACGGUCCAUAUUCAGGGAUCAAGAGAGAUGCAUCCAAUGCCGCAGCUUUGGGACGUUCAGCAACGCGAACGACAGUUGGUACACUUCAUCUAGCAACAAUGUCCACACCAAAUUUACCCGCUUCGAAUUCGGAUGAAUGGGCAGAACGUUUAGCUGCUCCUUUGCUAGUGAGAAAUUUGGAUGAUGCACCUAGAGGUUCAGUUACGCCCCUGGUGACAGAUACGGAAAGUAGCGUGGCGGGCGGAAGUGUAUCAACGAUGAGCAAAGAAAGACGCGAUAGAAAGAUGACGAAUCCAUGGGCAAGGUUGAACGAACGCAGAAUACAAGAAAUCCAUGGGUCGCGCUUGAUCGAUGCAGAAGAGGAAGAGCGGAUGUUGGACGAUGCUGUUGAAAGUGAUAGGAUGGAAGGUAGAAUGGCGAAUGAAGAACAGGCUGUUUUGGAUAUGCUAGACAUGAUGAACGAUACAGUGGAUACGUUUGAGAAACCAAAUGUCACACGGGCAAAAAGUAUGGCAGGACCAAAAGCACCAUAUGAAGACAUGGCAGCAUCUCCUCCUAGACAGACACUGAAACGGGCGACAACAGCUUCCACAUCAGCAUUGAUGCCUGGAAAAGAUGCGAAAAGGAGACCACUCACUGCACCAAGCACAGAGCUAGGAUUUGGAAGGGAAAGUUUGAGAAAGACUGCAUCUACUUCAUCCGAUGAUCAAAAGCCUACCGUACGAGAUUUUGCAUCGAUGUUUGAAACAGGCUCAGGUGCUUCAGAUGUUCUCUUAUCACGGGCAAAAACGCAAUUUGGAAGGAAACCACCACUUGAACCAACACCUCUGAAGAUCGACAGUCCAUCGUUGGGAAGUGUAAAGAAAGCUGUUCAAGAGAGAGAAGGAUUGGAUAAGAUUGCGGCAAAACAGACAACUGUUUCAAAAACUGCACCGGUCCUUGAACCUGUCUCUUGGAGCUCCGGUACUGGAUCUUUGCUACAGUCAAUGGCAUCUACUCUACGCAAGAAAGCUUCGUUUCCUGGUUUCCGAGGGGAAGAGCCUGCCUCAGAGAGCAAUGCAGAUGCCGCCAGUGAGCAAAAGGACGAGAAAGCAGAGGAAGACCAGGCGAAAGCAUCAUCUUCCAAACAUCUUGCAGCGCCAUCUACCUCUACAAAUUCAAGCAUUUUCCUCUCUCGUCAAGAUACCCGUAGUUCGGAAAAUGCCAAACACGAUUUACGAUCUCCAAAUCAAGAAAGCUACAUCUCUUCCGAUAAUGGUACUGCUUCUGCAUUUUGGUCAAGGCGCGGAUCUAUACCCGAUUCACCAAGCUCGCUGCCUACCUCUCCUGGCUUACAAAGUGAAUCUGAUGUAAGCUCUCCGUUCGGAUAUGGAUUUGGCAAGAGACGAUUUGCGGCCAUCACUUCAUCAGAAGAUGAUAAGCAAAGUACAAGACGUCCUGUACCCCCUCUUUUACGCAGAUUACGCACCGAUGCUACCCAAGCAACAAGUAUUGGAUCUAUGAUGGAAAAUGAUUCGGUCAAGAGUCGCAUUUUGACAGAAACGACUACAGAAGAGCCAACGAUGAUGGAUGAAGAUGCCAAGAGUGAAGUAUCUUCAUCGAUAGUUUCUUCGAUCUUGACAGAAGACGAAGGUGAUGUGACAAUUCAACCCAAAGCAGAAACGAUAGAGCCUUUAAAACGUGAAAAGUCUGUCGCAUUCUCUACUUUGACAAGGUCCAGUACGCGAGCGACAAAGAAGAGCAAUACGUCCACAAUACCUCCAACGCCACCGCGCAAAGAUGUUCCAUUACCUUUUGUUGAUGAUUCCACGGUCCGACCAAGAUCGCCUUUACGUAAACCAAUUUUGGAUGUACCUGAAGCUGGUGUUUCGCCUUCUUUACUCGGAACGCCAAAGAGAGCAAAAGAUUUAAUUCAAUUUUUUGAGCAAUCAAGUGCACCCAACAGUCCAACUUUAUCACGCACUUCUCCUUCUAAACCAACGGCAAAGCAAUUGAGCCCGAUGAAAGGUGAAUCACCUGCUCAGAUGGCUAGCAGAUUCCGACAAGCUUUAGGAUCUUCUGGUCUUUCCAAUCGAAUCACGAUCGAAGGAACGAAUGAGAAUAUUGUCGAGAAUGACGAUGGUAUCCAAGAAAAGAUUACAACUCUUGGAAGAGUCAAUCGUAGAAGAGCAAGGCCUGGUGGUUUGGUUGGAAUCACUGCUGGCGGUGAAGGUGGAGGUCAAGAUCCGUUUUCGAGCUCGUACGAAUCAAAUGCCGCAAGUGCCGAAAAUGAAGAAGAAAGUGAUGAUGAUGACGAGAAUCAUCUACCAAGCGUUCUGAAGGGACAGCCUCGGCUACCCGGUUCGGCUGGCACUAAAAAGAAGGAAAAGAGAAUAUCGUCCAACAUCUUUGGUAGAUUCUUGUCUGGAUCAUCACCUGAAAACAAAAAGGGAGAUGCAAAGAAGACGGAAGAAGCACAAGAUGCGCCUGGCAGAACAUCAGAAGGAGGUGGUGGUUCUGGAGAUGGCUAUAGAGCAGGCGGAUCAACAGGCACCGGUAAAGGUUCAAACACUAGCCCUUUCCGUAGUGGAGUGAAGAAUAUCAUCAAAGCAUUAAGUCAAGGUGUGGACAUCACAGGUGCAGAUGCUCCAACUUCACGUGGUGGAAGCGGUGGUGGCGGCGGUGAUCAAGGAGGAAGAAGGACGUCAUGGCAAGGUGCACAUCAAACUGGUGUUCCUCCGCCUUCGUCUUUUAGGAAUCCAUCUCAAUUGAUCAAUAUGCGACGUCAAUCAUCGAGCGAAUUGACUGAUCUUCAAAGCGUUUUGAGUACGCGUACGAUCGGAACGACUGCUUCUUAUCGUCAAAAGACCGAAGCAGGUGCCAACCUUCGUAUUGAUACUGAUGCUACUUUGGCUUUGAUGGGAGAACCUAAUGUGGAACCGUUCAGGACAGGAUUGGUAUACUAUUUCAAUGUUCACGUCGAGAAACCAAUCUGGCAACGUGCACAAGCUGUGCUAUUACCAUCUGCGUUGGCUUUGAGCUGGAUACCAUCUGGAGGUGGUCGUGUGAGCGUAAUCUUGGAUUUGUCUGCUUGCAGGGAAGUACAUUCCGUCCCAGGUCCCGAUCAUCCCAGUAGUGGUGAUGAUGCAGGUGCAUUUGUGGCGCGCGAACAAGGUCUUCGAAGGAUUAAUCCGUUCCAAUUAAUCUUCAAUGAUGGUGUUGAACGUUUAGCAGUCGAUACAGCACGCGAGAGAGUAAUGUGGGUUGCAUCCGUUUGGGAUUCUUUGGGAGUUCGUUCUUCUUCCAAUCAACAACCUCGAUCUCGACAAGUCUCGGCAAAUUAUUCUGCUGUUGGAGGUAUGACGGAUAUAGCAACUGAUAUUGCCGAUGUUCAUAUGACCACACCAAGACCAUCUGGAUUGCCCAUGUCACCUCCUCCGCCAAAUUUCAACGUUCAACUUUCCGAUAGUCCUGUUCGUCGCUUGGUUCCCAGUGGUUUGGCAGCCAUUCCUUUGGAAAGUAGUAUGGAAGAUGUAACGCAAAUCGAAACAUCAUCUCCUGAUAGAGGUCGAUAUGAAGCUGUGUCAUCAUAUGCAGCAGAAAUGGUUCCACCUCCAUUGCCACCAAAAGAGAAGCAAAAGCGUAAGAGGUUCAUUGAUGAGCCAGUCAUCAAGCCAGAAUCGCCUUCAAAUGUUGAAUCGGAUGAAAGUAAACAUAGUCAAGAAACUUUGGUGCUCAACGAAGAUCGACCUGAAAUUCGUCAAACUCGAGCGCAGGAUACGCCUCCCAACAAUAUGUCUCGUGAAACUUUCCAUUCUUCCAGAACACAUGAUCAAUCAGAAGUUGGUGAUGAUGAAUUUGGACCAAGAUCACCAAGAAGUGAAGCUGUUUUGAACUUUAGCAAUCUGGCGGAUUCUGAUCGUGAUAUUGUUCCUGCUGACAGUGCAAGUCAAAGGCCCUCUAGAAGUCUGACGGGAACAAUUUUGAGCAGAUUUUCCGCUUUGGCUGGUUAUCGGUCCGAAAAGGUGGAAGAAGCAAAAGAAGAAGAAUCACCUCCUCGUACACCCGCUCAGACUAUUCGCGAUCAAUUUGUGGGCGUAGAUGAAGAAUUGGAUUCAGAUGAGCCACCACCGACAGCCAGAACGUUGGAUACAGUGGUGGAAGAGACAUUGAGUCAAGCAGCUCUCACUUCUGUUCAAUCUCCUCAACAAGCAAAUUUGGGUUCUUCACGUAAAUCUGUCAAACAGAAAAAGGGUGGUCCAGGAAGCUUACUUUCGAUUCAAACCUCAGGCAGUGUCAGUAGUCAAGAAUUGGCCAAAUUGUUGCAAUUCAUCGAACAACAAAACGAAGAUCGUGAUCGACGUGAAAGACAGAUGGAAGAACAAUUCCGUGCAUUCCAAGAAACCAUCAUCAAUCUACAAAGGGGCGGAUCGUCUAGACAUAGCCGUAGAAGUAGCUCAGAAGCAGGUGGAAGAUCCAUUUCUAGCUCGACAAGACAGAGUGGAAGUGAGAGGAACGUGCGCUCUUCAAGACGUAGCGAUGCAACAGCUGCUGCCGCUGCUACAGUUGCUGCGGAUGCGGCUGCAAUUGCUGCUAUGCAAGAAAAGCUGGAUCGUGUUCUUUCUAUGGUCGGUAAUGUGACAGAAGGUCAACAUCGUCUUGAGAAUGUCGCGGAAGAUGGAACGCCUAGAGGUCCACAACCACCUACAUUUGCUUCACCAAAUUCGGCAGAAUUGGCAAGAAUCGAACAAACGCUUGGCUCGUUGAUGAAUCAAAUUCAGUCAAACACUCUACCACAUGCCCUUCGUGCUUAUAACAGAUCUAUUCAGAUGGAUCGUCCUCUUGAUGGUCGAGAUCGCGCAAUUUUGGCCGAUCGAAUGGUACAUGGUACUCGCGCGGCUAACCGUAGAAUGAGCGCGCCAGCCGACAUGGAACAAGAUGAACUAAGUGAAGGCAAUGAUGGUUUCCUUACGCCCAUGACCGGAGAAAGAGCAGGAUUACCGCCAAGCGAUAUGGCAGAUCUUUAUAGUCCCGCUAUGGGUAUGACUGGCAGUAUGGGAAUGGUCCCUUCGCAUUCUGAAGGCAGCAUGGUUUCCGAAAGUGAUCGUAUUCCAGCCCGAAGUUGGAUUUCAGCUGAUGGCAUCCCAAGUCCACCUGCUAAUACGGAGCAUGGAGCAUCUUUGCUGAACGCAGAAAGAAGAGGACCAGUCGAACGAUCAGCGUACGGAAUGAUGAACUCUGCUAGGUCGCAAUAUGAUCCAUUGGCACCUGGUGAUAGUUUGAGCAACGUCAGUAUUGAUAUGGAGGCAGAAAUUCGCAGGAGAAGGAUGCGUAAUGCCGUUGGUGCACGAAACGUAUCGUCUUCUCAGCGACCUCAUCAAGGUGGUUGGUACACGCCAAGACCAGGCGGUCAAAGCAUGAUGCCUCAAGAUUCCAAUUCUGGUUUAGGAUUGUCAAUGCCCACACCUCGUCAACCUCGAACGUCACAAGCAAUUCAAACGCCGGCAAUCGAAUCCGGCGGUCAGAGAUCAACGAAUGCAGACAUUGAAUUGUUGUUGGAUGCGAUCAAGGAUAAUGAGCAUACCCGUAAAGCACAAAGUCAACAACAGCAGGACAUUGCACGUUAUUUGAACGAAUUGAACUCAUGGCUUGAAAAGGACGUUAUUGAUCGAAGCAAAGAAUGGCGUACCUUGGCAAUGGGAGUUACACAAUUGCAUGAUGAGCUCAACUCGAUCAGAGCUCAGGCUGGAUUGGCAACCACUUCUGCAAUGCCGGGUGUGAUGGCAAUGGCAGAUGGCGGUGGUGAUGUCACACCAGUCGGACGAAGCGCUGGCGGAGGUGAACUAAUGGCAAUGCCAAUGCCACAAGCUCAUCAAGCUCCUCAUCCCGAUGGAGCAGCACCGCAUAUAUCCUUUGCUGAUAAUACGUUUGCAGGUGGUUUUGUACCACAACCUGUAGCGCAUGAAUUCGGAAACAAUGCAGUCAUGCAAGGCGCAGGCCCACAAGGUCCGCGCGGAAUGCCCACACCUGAUGUUCAACAACCAUCUGCUGGAAUCCUUCAUCCAUCUCAAGCUGCCGAAGCUGCAUUUGGCGGUCAAAUGCCAUUAACCAGUCAAGCAUUAGCACAAUUAGGAGCUGAUGCACCUGCACCACUCAAUAUACCAAGACCAGGAUCACCGGUAAAGAGAAGUGGAACGCGAACUUGGCGUACACAAAAUGGUCCAACGCCAUUACGAAAUGAUGACGUUUGGCAAAAUAGCGGUACUGUUCCUGAUAAAAAGAAGGAGAAAGAAGACAAGAAAGCUGAAAAGAGAGCGAAUAGACGUAAAUCUUUCGGCAAAAUUGUCGCAGGCGCUGUUGGUGCUGCUUUGGCAGGUGCAGCAAUACAUGAAUGGGAUAAGCAUAAAGAUCGUCAAAGAAAGGAGGGUAAGCCGGAAGAAGCAUCAAAAGAACCAGAUGCACAAACGGGAGAACAUGUCAAACUUGAUCAUGUACCUGCAGCAGAACAAGAGAAGAUCACUCAAGCAGCUCAAAGCGGAGAUGAAGAAAAGAUUCGUAAAGUCAUCUCUGAUGCUUCUGCUGCUGGAUUCGGCAAGCCUGCGAUCGUUCAAAUGGCUGAGGAUUUGCGUGAGCUUUCAGCGCCUGAAGGAGACAACGCACAGAGUGAUGAUAAAACAUUGCGCAAUUCCUAUGAUUCUCAAGGUACGGCAGUCAGAAUGGAAGUUGGUGGCAAGAGAUCCGGUGAAAGUGUUCACAGCGUUGGAGAGAGUACGUUGCGAAACGCUGUAAACAAUCUCGAUACACGACAAGGCGGAGGUGAUGGAGCACUUGCUCUGGCUGUUGAAGAAAUCUUGAAGCAUCUUUUGGAAAAGAAGGAAGAUGAACAACGCAUACGACAAGCUCAAGCGGAUGCAGAAGCGAUGCGUGAAGCAGAACGCAGACAAGAAAUGGAAGAACGUGAAUCAAAAUUGAGCUCGUUGCGUGAUCAAGAGAGAAUGGAAUUGGUGGAAACCAUCUUUGCCAAAAUGCAAGCUGAGAAGGAACGUGCAGAUGCGGAAGCUGCUGCUCGUCAACGUGAGAUGGAUCCAAAAUCAGCAAUUGAGUCUCUCGUAGCAGCAAUCAACACGCAAAGGCAAGCAGAUGCAUCACAAAGAGCGGCAGCAGAUCUUGCCGUCAAGCAAAUGGCAGAAGAUCUCGUCCGAACAACUUCAGAAGCAAAUGGUAAAUUGGUCGAAGCAGUUCAUGCGGCCGCAAGAGAGAUGUUGCGUAACAACGUUGAAGCUCAUGCAGAUGAUCUAAAGAGAUUGAUCGGACGUGAUGUAAGCGUCAUGUUUGAAGAUGUCGGCAAGAUUCGCGAAGCAAAACGUGCAUUAGAAUUGGAGAUGUCCGAAUUGUUCUCAUUCAAGAGCAAGCAUCUUGCUGAGAUUGAACAAAUGAAGUUAGCCAGUGCUGCUUCUUCUGCAAUGCCAAUGGCUCCGAUGCCUAUGCCUAUGCCAAGUAUCAUGCCGAUGAAUAUGGGCAUGGGAAUGGGUGGUAUGGGUAUGGGAGGAAUGCCAGGAAUGAUGAACUUCUCCGCUGCUCCUCCGAUGCCAGAUAUUCCAGCUGCUUCUCAAUCCUUACCCAAAGCAAGUGCGAUCCCACCAGCAAUUCCACCAGCCGGAAGUGGUCCAGGUCCAGGUGCUCCGCGCAAGAAAGACUUUAUGUCACCCUUUUCGAUCAACUUUGGCUCCAGGUGAAAGGGCAGUCAAAAAUGAAAACAAAACAAACAAAAUGAUUAGGGACCAUUACAAAAGCUGUAUUUGGUCACCAUCUUUUUUUCUCCUCAUCAUAGAUACC